AUGGCAUCGUUGGCCGCAACCAAACGCAUCAAACACUUCUUCGAGGAUGCCACGGUGCUCGUGCACUCAGCACUGAACUCCCUGACCCUAACGAAUCCGUCAUUGGCCUUUGACAAGGAGAACAAGAUAAUAUACAGGAGGCCGACCAAGGAUGCUGAGGUCAAGGUGUCGAUGAUAUCAGGAGGAGGCUCAGGCCACGAACCUGGCUUCGCUGGGUUUGUUGGCAAGGGUCUCCUGACGGCUUCUGUGGCUGGUACUAUCUUUGCUUCACCUUCGGCGGAGCAGGUCAGAAGAGCUGUGCUUACUAGGGUUCCUACUGAGAAGGGCGUCCUGGUAAUCACGAUGAACUACACCGGAGACGUGCUGAACUUUGGCAUGGCUGCGGAAAAGGCGAAAGCUGGAGGUGUUGCUACAGAGUUCUAUGCUAUUGGUGAUGAUGUUGGAGUGGGACGAGCAAAAGGCGGCAAGGUUGGCAGACGAGGUAUUGGAGGUGGUAUUCUGUUGCUGAAGAUAUGUGGUGCCCUGGCUGAAGCAGGUGGCAGCUUGACUGAGGUAUACGAGCUUGCUCAACAGGUGAAUCGCAACCUUGUGUCACUUGGCUCGUCGCUUGAAAGAGUGCAUGUCCCUGGUCGAGAGAUUCCCAAGGAGGGCGAUACCGAGGGUGUGAUUCCUUAUGGCGAGAUAGAGGUGGGCAUGGGCAUCCACAACGAGCCUGGUAGCAGACGAGUCAAAGCCACUUUACCAGAGCUUGUCAAGAUCAUGCUUGCUCAGCUGCUAGACCCCAAGGACGAAGAUAGGCAUUACACCAACAUCACCAAGGACGACAAGAUCGUCCUCUUCAUGAACAACUUGGGCGCGACAUCGAUGAUCGAGUUUGCCGGCGCAACCAACGAGUGUGUAAGGCAACUAAAGGAAGACUACGGCUUGACCCCCGUCCGAGUCAUAACAGGCACUUUCCUCACCUCCCUCGACGGGCUAGGCUGGUCCGCCUCAAUCCUGCGUCUAGAGGAUACAGGCCUAGGCCCUGGCAAAUCCAUGCUCGAGCUCAUCGACGCGCCAGCCGAAGCAGUAGGCUGGGCUAACACGGGCGUGGCCACAUCGACAUGGAACGAAGACCACACCGCCACAUUCGACCACAGCGCACAAGACACAGCCGAUACGUCAAAGUCGCAUCUCACCCUCGACCCUGCGCAGGCAUCAAAAGUCCUCAAAGCCGGUCUACAGAGAAUGGCAGCUGCAGAAGCAGACGUUACUCGUUACGACACCAUCGUCGGAGACGGCGAUUGCGGCAUUGGUCUGAAACGUGGCGCGGAAGCAGUCGUGAAAGAGCUGGAUGGUGGGAACCUACCAAACGAUGCUGUCGCGUUCCUCAAUAAGAUUAUCCCUGUGGUCGAGAAUACAAUGGAUGGGACGUCGGGUGCUAUCUACGCCAUCUUCCUGAAUGCUUUGGCGUUUGGGCUGAGGUCACAAGAUACUGGUUCGGAGCAGGCGGCGACGUCACAGGUGUGGGCUCGGGCGUGUAAGAGUGCCAUGGGUGAUUUGGCGAAGUAUACGCCGGCUCAACCGGGAGACAGGACAUUGAUGGACAGCUUGGUGCCGUUUGUGGACACGCUGGAGAAGAGUGGAAGUGUGAAAGAGGCGGCGGCGGCAAGUAGAAAGGGUGCAGAGGAUACGAAGGGUAUGAAAGCUAGUUUGGGACGAGCCGUUUAUGUGGGAAGUGAAGAAGAGUGGAUUGGGAAGAUACCUGAUCCGGGAGCCUGGGGUUUGGCUGAAUUUUUCGACGGAAUGGCUGAGGUUACAGGCUGA